GAGGAAUAAUCGUUCAGCCAAGACCGGUGGCAGUCACAACGAGUGACACGGUCAAAAAAUUUUCGCAUAUAAUAUAUAAUAUGAAAAAGGUGCUUUUAGUUGCUUGACAAACACGUGUGUAAAUGUGUAUUUUUAUUAUUAUAUGUAUACGUGUAUGACAAGUUGAAUCCGCGGUAUAUAAAUGGGGCGGAGUAGAUGAUAUUCUCAAGAGCCAAACAAAGAUAAAAAAUAAGAGGCGUGUUUAAAAUUUUAUUCCAUACAGUGGUGCCCCCUAUUGGCCAACACAAUAUCCCCACUAUUUAUUUUUUUUCUCUCCAAUAAUAAUAAUAAUAAUAAAAAUCCAAAGAGCAGUUGAACAGUUGCUGCUGCUGAAAUAAAAAAAGUUAAAAAAAGAAGGGGAAAAUAUAUAAAAAAAAAAAAUAUACACAGUCUAUCUUACUCUACUGCUUUGAGCUCGAUCGCACGAUAUUUGUGUUUCUCUUUACCCUCCACUUCCCCUUCUCUAUGUCCAUCAUCAACCAGCAAAAUUUAUGAAAUUUUGCAAGCACACACGAACGGAGUAUAGCGCGCCCCACGAGUCACAUCGUGAUAUCGUUUGUGGCGCUCAGUUUUUUAACUUAAAAAACUAAAAAUUUUAUAAUUUUAAUUUACUAUUAAAAAAUACCCUUAAUUUUUUUUUUAAUAUUUAAAUAAUAUUUUAACAUUUAACAAAGUAUAUAUAAAAAUACAAUAGAGAGAAAGAUAGAAAUCGACGUUUGCGUCGUUGUCGUCGUCAUCGUGGGAUCGUGGCCCCGUAGCAGCAAGGCAUUAUAGAGGUGGAAAACCAGUCGAGUCGAGGACAGGCUCGUGUUGUGUUGAGACCGUAGGCACUUCACUCGUACUUAUUAGUGUUUAAUUUAUCAAAAAAAAAAAUAUAUAGUUUUUUAUUUUUAUUUAUCUUAAUUUUACAAAUUAAUUUUCUAAAAAUUAAAUUAACCAAAUAAAGAAGAAGGAUUAAUAACAAUAUAAAUUUAAAAAAAUAUAUAUCAAGACAAGCAGUUUUUAUAUUUAUUAUAAAAAAAUUAAACAAAAUAAAAUUAUUAAGAAAAAAAAAAAAUAAUUUUUAAAAAAGAAAUUUUGUGUACGAUUGUGCUGCCGUCUGGUGUUGUUUAAUAACGUAACACAGUUAGAAUCACAAUGGCUUCCGUGAAAGACACGGCAACUUUCUUUACUGAAGGUACAGCAAUUCACUUUGAACAUGUACUAAAAUUAUAUCCUCAGGCAUUGAGAUUGAAAGCUGAUCAAAAAAAUAAAAAACCAGAAGAACUCAUCAAGUUGGAUAAUUGGUAUCAGAAUGAAUUGCCGAAAAAAAUCAAGUCACGUGGAAAGGAUGCUCAUCUUAAUCAUGAAGAGUUGGUUCAAACGAUGAAAUGGAAACAAGCACGUGGCAAAUCAUUUCCACAAUUAUCAUACUUGGUUAAAGUAAAUACACCACGAGCAGUUAUGGCAGAGACAAAAAAGGCAUUUAAAAAAUUGCCAAAUUUGGAACAAGCAAUAACAGCAUUAUCAAAUUUAAAAGGUGUUGGUACAACAAUGGCAUCAGCAUUAUUAUCAGCAGCAGCACCUGAAAAUGCACCAUUUAUGGCUGAUGAAUGUCUCAAAGCGAUACCUGAAAUUGAAGGAAUUGAUUAUACAACAAAAGAAUAUCUUAAUUUUGUUCAACACAUUCAAUCAACAGUUGAAAGGCUUAAUAAACAAAUAUCAAAUGGUAAAUCUUGGAGUCCUCAUAAAGUUGAACUUGCAUUAUGGACUCAUUAUAUUGCAUCUGAAUUAAAACCAGAAUUAUUAGAUGGUAUACCAACUGAAAAUGGUAAUACAACACAUAAUACACCAACAAAUGGUGAAGCAACUGAACCAUCAGAUGAUAGUAAUCAAGAAACAGUUGUUGUUGUUAAUGGUAAAGAUAAAGUUACAAUUGAUUCUGAAACAAUUGAUGAAAAUAGUACAACAACAUCAUUUACUGAAGAUUCAAUGGAUAAACCAGCAACACCAAUAACAGCAGCAGUACCAAGUGAAGAUACAAAUGAUUCAAUUGCAACAAAUGAAAAUGAAGAUUGUAAUAAUACACCAAGACCGACUGACAGUGAGGAUACUGAAGAUUCACAGGAUGCACAAGAACCACCAACUAAAAAAUCUAAAAAGUGACCAUUUAAACAUGAUAUUAUUAAUCAUCCUGUCCAUAGCCUUGUGUCGGCCACCAAUAUGACACCGAUCACGGCGAGACGCUUUUAAAAUAAUUAUUUUUUUUUUUUCUUCUCUUUAUUUUUUUUUUUCCUUUUUUUUUUUUGUAAACAGACAAAGACACGCAAACAAUACAUACAAUUUCACAAAUAUUUAAUAAAAUUAAUAAAUAUAUAUAUAUAUAUGAUUAAAUUAAAAAAAAAAAAAGACAAACAAUUAUUUAAACAAUAAUUUUGUUUCUUUUUUUUUUCGUUUUAAACACAAGUAUUUUUUUAAUCUUGCGAUGAAAAAAAAAAAAUUAAUAAUUUUUUUUUUUUUGUUUUCCAUACUCUUCAUCAAUUAGUUAAUUAAUUUUUUUUUUUUUUUUUAUACUUAAUUGUAGAUUAUUAUUUUUUAAAUUUGGUUUGUUUUCUCGCCUUGGUCGUAAGCUGCCUUACUUCAAACUCGUCAGUUAACGAAGAAAAUAAUAAGCAAACAACAUACACA